AGCCAUGUCAAAAGAAGCUGGCCACUCUAACGAAUCCUUCGAAGGCUUUACCGGAACUACCUUCUUGCAAACGUUCGCGGACACUGAAGCUACGACCCAUGGUCAGACCUUCACUGAGUUGGAGCAUCGAGUACCCCAGCCAACUGUACACGCACAGCCAGUUGGACCUUACCCUAUAGCUCCUACGGCUGUUGCAGCCCCAGCGCCUACGACUGUAGCAGCCCCAGCUCCUACGGCUGUAGCAGCCCCAGCUCCUACGACUGUAGAAGCCCCAGCUCCUACGGAUGUAGCAGCCCCAGCUCCUACGGAUGUAGCAGCCCCAGCUCCUAUAGUUGUAGUGAUCACUGCUCCACCUGUGCUUCCGCCAGUUGCUCCGAAAACGGCAAGUCCGUCCGCCAAGGUUGAACAACCCAAGCCGUCGCCAGCGGAGCCGGAAGUGAAACCGGAAGUGAAACCAGAAGUAAAACCAGAAGUGAAUGUGCAACCCCUUCCUGAACUACCGAGCCUACCAGAAGUGCGUCUUUCUGCUCAAGGACCAUCAAAAGGAGUCAAAGCAUCUUCUCAGCCACAGGGCCAUCCACAAGCGCCCAGUCCGGGCAGCGAUGAGCACCUGCAUGAAGAAGGGGAGCAUGACUUCCGUGGCCUGUGGUUUUACGCGUGGACAAUGGUAUCGGUAACUUUCAUCAUGCUGGUGGUUCCUCUGGCCAUUUUCCUCCUCCCCUUUACCCCGUCAUCCUUGGCACGUCGUUCUUCGCCUCGUCCAUGGCGAACUGUCCUUCCAGACGACGAAGCAGAGGCUAGGGGUGCUCCGUUGGAACCAUGCGACGUGCGCCAGGCUCUUGACGAGGUCCAGGCUGUUCCGGACUCUUCGGUUACCAUAGCUUUCAAACGGGACACUGCCACCAGACAGCACAGGCACCUGUACUGUGUCUUCGAUAGCAAGUACUACAGGAGGUCACUGCCGUACGCUCCCAAAUUGAUCCCUUACUCCUAUUGCUCCUACAUUGUAUUUUAUUCCGUGGCUCUGUACGAGUAUGGAGUCUACUUCAAGCGACCCAGCCUGGACCCCGUACUCAUCCAAUCGUUGAACUCCUUGAAGACAGCAGGGACCUUUAUACACGGCUUGAAGGACCAGAUUCCGUUGCUUCUGACAUUGGGUGGAGAAUCCUCCGAUUCCCGCAACAUCUCCAGGGCGUUGCGGUCGUCUUUCACUCGGCUCACACUUGUCACUAUGCUUGGCCAGUUUGUACACUUGUAUCAAAUGCAGGGCAUCAACCUGGACUGGGACCACCCGACUGGCCGCUGCGGUCGAACGAACGAUGCUGAGAACUUAGCCGAAUUCUUCAAGCUCCUUCAGCAGAACAAGGACGGGCUUCACCUUCCGGCCGAUCUCAUUGUGGCGUUGACGAUUCCUGCAAAGAAGACAGAAGCCAAGAGCUACGCUAUAGACACGUACGCUUCCCUGCUCGACCAUAUCUUCGUGUCCACGCACAAGAUUAACUUGGGACGGCGCAUAGUCGGUUGUCCAGGACGAAGGCAGGACACUACAAACGCCUUGAAGCAGAUAGAGGGCGACCUCAGCAAGCUCGCUGCUAAAAAGCUGUGCUACUCCAUCUCACUGGGUCCUGAUACUUUCACGGCAAGGACGGCCAAGCUGGGAGUGAGCAGUUCCGGACCUGCCACUAUCGGCAAAUACACUCUACAACCCAGCAAGGCUGGCUAUUACGAGGUCUGCAAGCUAACCGGUGUCGUAUCGACGGGAGAUCCGGAAUGUUCGCUCAGGUACGAGUUGGACGAAGUGGCGGGAAAGUUCCUUCUUGCCACUCACGUCACUCCCGACAACGUCCGCCACCGAAUACAACACUCGUACGUCGGCGGGCUCGCCGAUAUGUGCAUCGUCGUUUUCGACAUGGAUCUCGACGACUACAUGGGGGCUUGCAGGGAACAUGGUAGACAGAUGUCUCCACUUACUGCAGCCUUGGUGUCUGCCUAAAAAAAGAAAACACCACACAUAAAAAAUAGAAAGGCAUUCCAUACGAAUUACGUGGUCGAAAUAUCAAAAUCAUAUAAGGGUAUUCAUAGUGAGUCACUCUGAUUGUACGAAUAAAUAUUUUUC